GCUUCCGCCCCGCGCGCGGCACCGGCGCGAGGAGCGCGCGGAGCCGUGACCCCGCCGUGACCCCGCGGUGACCCCGCGGUGACCCCUCCGUGACCCCGCCGAUGGACGGGGAGGGGGAGGCCGAGGGGGAGGGGGGCGCGUCCGCCCCGCCGGGCGCUGCCGCCCUGCUGUACCUGCCGGACGGGUCGGCGCUGCCGCUGCCGCUGGAGCCGCCCCCGGGCCCCACGGCCGCGGAGCUGCUGCGCCGCCUGUGGGGGGCGCUGCGCCUCCCGCCCGCCGCCGGCGACGCCCUCGCGCUGUGGUUGGGGUCGGAGCUGCUCGAGGUGCAGCUGAAGCCGCGGCACCGACCCCUGCGCCUGGUCCGGCACUGGCCGGAGCUGCUGCUGCGCUUCAGCCUCGGCUCGCCCGCGGCCAUCGCACAAGAUGAGCCGUGUCUGCAGCUGCGCAGGAACGUGUUCUUCCCUAAGAGCCGCGAGCUGGAGCUGCAGGAGGAGGAGCUGCUCCGGUUGCUCUAUGAGGAGGCGCGGGAGCAGCUGAGGGGGGGGCGCUACCCCGUGGACCCCCCCGAGGCGGCCGAGCUGGGGGGGCUCAGCUGCCGCCUGCGCCUGGGGCCCUUCGAGCCCGGCCGGCACACGGAGCUCAGCCUGCGGCCGCUGCUGGGGGAGCUGCUGCCGCCGGGUCCUCCGGCCCGCUGGGGGGCGCUGUUCCGGCGCUCGCGCGAGCCGGGCCCCGCCCAGCGGCUCCUCGAGGCCUUCGCGCGUGCGCCGGGCCCCGAGGCGCCCCCUGCCGGACUGUACCGGGACUUCCUGCGCCGCUGCCACGCCCUGCCCGGCUACGGGUGCGCGUUCUUCCCGGGAGCCAUUGAGCGGCCGUCGGGGGGGCUGCUGGGCCGGGGGGGGCUGCGCCCCGUCAGCGUGGCCGUGGGGCUCGAGGGGGUCACCAUCAUUGACCCCCGCCAGAAGCACGUGCUGCUGUCCCUGACGUACCCCGAGCUGUGCUGGGAGCUGGUGGGGGCCGUGGGGCAGGACGGGGACCCCGCGGGGCAGGACGGGGACCCCACGGAGCCCCCCCAGCUCUGGCUGGAGUUCGACGGGGACCACGAGGGAGCCCCCGUGAACCGACUGCUGCGGGUGUUCUCCCCACAGGCGGAGCUGAUGAGCGCCCUCAUCGAGUGCUGCAUCGAGCUGGGCGGGGCGGCCCCGCCCCCCGAGGAGCAGGCCCCGCCCCCCACCGCCCAGGCCCCGCCCCCCGCCGCCGAGGCCCCGCCCCCCGAGCCGGCCGGCGCGCGCGGCGCCCCCUUGCGGCGGCAGCAGAGCGUGACCCGGCCCCGCCUGCAGCGCCUGGCGACCAUCGACUACGUGCGGGAGGGGCAGGAGCUGCGGCGGGUGAAGCCCCCCCGGCGCUCGGUGUCCUUCUUCAGCCGGGGGGGGGCCGGGGGUGGCUCCUACAGCCCCGUGGCGGGGGGCACGGGGGGCGCCGGCUCCGAGCAGGGCUGAGCCCCCCUGAGCCCCCCAAACCCCUCCCAGACCUCCCCCUCUUUGUACCCACACCCCCAAUAAACUGCCCUGCCCCCCCCCCCCCUCCCCAGGCUGGAAUUUGGGGCCUUUGGGGCAAAUUUGGGUCGAUUUGGGGCUAAUUCAGAGCAGUUUGAGGCAGUUUGGGGAUGAUUCAGGGUGGUUUGGGGCAGAUCAAAGCUGAUUCAGGGCGGUUUGCAAAUUAUUUGUGGUUAAUUUGUGGCAGUUUGAACUAGUUUGGGAUAUUUGGGGCUGAUUUUAGAUAAUGCAGUGAAUUUUCCAGCAGGUUCCUGGGGGGUCUGAGGCCACUUUAGUGGAGUUGGGACAUUUUGGGGCCAGUAUUGGGGGAAUUGGGGCCUAUUCCAGGCAGCUUUUGGGGCCUGUUCAGGGGGGUUUGGGACAAGCUGAUGCAGUUUGGGGCCAGUUUUAGGGGUUUUGGGGCCAGUUUUGGGGGGUUUGUAGCCAAAUGGCGGCACCACGUGACAGCGGCCAUUUCGGGCUGGGGCCUCAGGGCCACACGUGUGUCACACAUGUCACACAUGUCACACAUGUCCCCUCUGUCAGGGGUUCCUGUGCUGGGGAGAGUCCCCCUCAUUAGCCCUAACGAGACCUUUGGGACAAAUUCCACCAUUUUUGGGGCAAGUCCUACUGAUUUUGGGGCAUCGCUCAUUGUCCAUUUGGGACCUUCACAAACCCACCCAAAAUCCCCCCAUUUCACUUUUUAACCCCAUUUCCCUCCCCUUUCCCACCCAGCAGAGCUGCGUUUAUCCAAAAUAUCACAUUUUCUACACAUAAACCCCACACGCCUCCAUUCUGCAGCAAAACCGCCUCAGUCCCGAAUAAUUUCAUUUUCUUAAGGUGCUUUUUAGAAAUCAAAGGAUUUUUUAAAGGAGAUCGGGUGAGAGUUUGGUGCUGUGGGAGGGGUCGGUGUUACUGGGACCUUAAAGACACAGAGGAACUGCUCUGAAAUCCAACAUUUACAAACGAAAAAAAUGAAGAAAAUACAAAUAUUCUAUAGGAUAAAUAAAUGUUUUGGAAUAAA